AUGGAAUCAGCGGACAACGUGCGCUUGAAGUUGUCCACUCACCUUGAAACUAUCCGAUCAAAAAUCGCCAGGGGAAUGCUUGUGCUAUUCGUUGGUGAACAAGCUUCAGCGUUAACUUCCCCUGACAAUCCCUAUCCUUCACUGGAUGAUUGGUGGCAGGUUAUUAACCAAUCAGAGGUAAGAGCUGUUUGAAACUCCGAAAUACGGCCCGGGGGUGAUCCCUAUAAUUGCCUAUACCAAGAGAGAAUGAUCUAGAUUAUUCUCUCUUGCUUAUACGUGGAGGCUCCACCCAAAAUGGGUACCAUUAUCGGGCUUCAGAUUUAUGAAAUGGUGAGGAAAUCUGUUAUUUCGCCCUGUAAAAAGACCUAAAAGAGCUAAUAGGAGAAUGAAUUUAUGAGUGUGAAAACGUUGAGACAAUUUAAUAUUUUGUAGUUUGGUCAUAUUUAAAAAACAGUGCAUUCACAGCAGUCUAUAAAAGGGAUGCAAAGUUCUAAACUAGAUUUAUGAAAUCUGUUCUUUCUUUGAACUUUGCGUUUUCUUUGUACCUUAAAAAGGGGUAGCUCUUCUGUAAAUAGGAAAGGGAUUGAACAUCGGGGCGAAGCCUCCCUGUAUAAAGCGUUUGGGAGUACCCUCUGGGGUCCAAACCUAACACUGAAUCACAAAAACCAAUUCGAUCGAAGGCACGAGCCUCGUCUUCUUCACCACCGAUCGAAAGAUUAAGGGUGACUUGCCCAGAGUUUGAGCAAUUCAAAGUGUAUACUGAGAUAGUUCCACCUUUUUAAAGCAUGUUUGUCGAUUCAUGAUGACUUUCAUCCAACCCUAACCCUCUUAGUGCAAUCCGAUUUAAUAACGUUACAUUUUGUUGGUUUUAUUUACCUGUCGCCCUAUUAUGUCUAUUAGUUUUUUUGUUUCUUAAGUUUCACUGGCGGAUUUCACUGUUCAUCUUUCCUUAACAGAAAGGCGUCGACUCUCUAUUUGAUCUUGAGGACAAAUUCCUGGCAAACAUACAGCAAGCGCCUUCACGUGUUCAUGAUGCGCUGCGGAAUGUUGGGAAGUUUCCUGUUAUCAUAACCACGAACAUGGAUGACCUGCUAGAGCGCUUCCUUUGGAAGGCUGGGAAUGUUGGAGACAAAGUUCGACUUGAUCAGGCAAGUGGAAAACAGUUCACUCUUUCAUUGCUGACAAUCGCUUGAUAACUCAACGAAACGUGAAUUUUACAUGACGCUACCGAAAUCACCGCGAUGUGUUUGUUAUGUUUAAGCUUGUUUUUUCGUAGAUUUUUCUCAAGAACUGGUCUCGAUAAUAUUUCGAUACAAUUUUUGACCCACGACUUCAUGAUUUAGAGUGUUCUAUCCCUUUACAGGUGAUCAAAAUAGAACUUGUUUAAUGAAAACCGCCACGGAGGCUUUUAAAAUCAACACACUUCUUCAGCGCGCUCUCUCAUUUUUAUUGAAACUUAACAAGUCCCGGAUGCAAGUCCCGCAUGCGAGUCACGAUAAACCGCUGUACACUACAUCGCCCAGAUUAUAAGCGCUAAUCGAAGAUUAAAAUUUUGUACUGCGUUUUUGUGUUUUACCUUCCUACGCGUUGCUUAGGGUAACAUUUUGAGUCAUCAGUACUGUACUUCCUAGUAAAAGCUCAAUAGUAACUUCGAGUUGCAUGUUCUUAGACGAGAAAUCCCUGCUUGAAAUUUGGCUUAAUCCUGGGGAGUUAGACUUAUCCUUCUUUUAAGGAACCGGGCCCUGGACUAUACUCAUCGCGCGGAUUUCAAACCAAUUUACUGUCGAUUGCGAAAUACUGGGUCCCACUUAACAUUCAUCAAACACUUUGGUAUUUAAUCCAUAUCUUACCUUUUUGAGUAUUCCAGAGUCCUGAGUAUUCAAAAUGAAAAUGUCCCUUUUCAGAUUUCAUGUGUAGCUCCUUCCUGGCCUAACCUGCGCAGAGAUCUGAUUAUCAAAUGUCUUGGAGAUAGUAGUUUUAAUGUCCGGACACAGGUAAGUCUGCACAAACUUUAAAUCAUGGGUGACAGAUCUGGUACGAAAUUCCAGCAUAGGCUUCUUCAGCUUAUAUGUUUUGUUUCCCUGCGAAGGUCCCAGAGCAAUUCGACUCACCGCCUUGUCUUUUCAAGAAUUAUGCCUGAUUAUGCGUACAUAUGCAAGCCACUAAGAAAAAACAUGAAAGAAACAGAGAUCUCUAUAGUAUUAUCACGUGACUUCCAUUAGGAGAACAAAACAUGCAAGCUAAAGGGGUCUUUUUCACAUGUCAAAGUUACAAAAUUGCUAUGGCAACGUUCCAAACCAAGAUGGCGUCCAGGUUAAGAAAAUGUUACGAAUAAAGAUAUCAGGACAAAAAGGCAGGGUAGGAAACCUAAAGACAGGAAAAAAGCAUAAUAUCUAACAGCAAAAUGGAUUCUAAGGGGUUAUUUUUAAAACGAUUCAGAGAAUUAAAGACUUCAACUAAACUUUUCAUUAGGUGGAACUGCAAACGGUACAAAGCGUAGUUUUUCACCCAUGAUAUCAAUAGGUAAAUAAAGGCUAUAGUCGUGAAAUGAGUAAAUUAUUUCUCAUGCGGUUUGUCAGCAUAAAUUUGGCUUGUCUAUGUACACUGACUGAUCCCCUGAAAAAACAAAAACUGCCUCCGUUUUCAGUUUUUAUAAUGGAAAUAGAAUUAUUAUGCUAAACUUUUUUUCUUUUGAAGCCCAGCAGCAAGAACUACUUUGAGGACUUUUGCAGCACUCUUGAAAGUGCAGAAGUUGACUUUAUGCAUCGAAUUUUCAACGAAAGAUCUGUGCUUUUUCUUGGAUGUGACCUUCAUCGUCAAGAGUACAAAAGCUUUUUUCAGAAAUUUGCCGUUAAUGCUAAGGUAUAUACUACUGACUGAGGUGACAAGUGACAGUUUCGCUUCGUUUCUUCUUUUCCUUUCACCGCAUGCCUGACAUGCCGUCUUCUCCUUCUUUUUCUUUCUCUUCGUUGUCGUCUUAUUAUUAUUAUUGUUCUGCAGUUUUAUGACUUGGAUUUAAAUUUCGGACGACAUAACCACUACUGAUAGAAUCUGCACCAAAUAGUGUUACUAGAACUCCAGAAACGUGACGAAAUUAAAUACUUCUUUGAAAACAAAUUGGUUGACUAUGGCUUUUGCGGUUCACCUGAAGGGAAAACAUAAACACUGUGCGAAAACUUUCUUAAGUAACAACCCGUCGAUCUUCACCCUGACCGACAACUGCGGUGAAGGGUACUAUCUUCUUUUAACUACAUUAGUAUAGAGUGAUAGUACAGAGUCUCAAAUACUUUGGCUCUCUAUUUUGGUUUUCUAUCGAUACUAUGACGCACUUCUUAUCUCGUGAAAAUAAUGAUAAAAUUAUGAUGGAACAAAGACUGUAAGUGUGUGACAAUAAGAAUAAAGAUAGUAUUUGGGGACAGAAUGAGGAAUUAGACUUGAAGGCUGAAGUAAAAUCAAUCUUCGAGGCUAAUUUCGGGAAAGGUGCGCGAAAAACUGUCAGAAGUAUAGGAAAACCAUUUUUAGACAGUCAAGUCGAUUUAUUUGUCAGUGUUGUAAAUUUCAGCAGCUGUCAUGGCAAUAUGAGACAAUGUAUGCCUGUGGGAGAUUAAUUAAGUCAGUGGAUCGGGAUUUUUUUUACUGCUUUUUAGAUGAUCCAUUACAACUUUGAGACUUCGGAUAAGUCGGAUUUGGAAGCAAACGGAAAUCUUCUCACUCUGAAGGUGACCAUAAAGCCCUGGGAAUUCGUACAGUUAUUGAGUACAGGAACUAUUCAAGAGGACAUUCAGCCAGGAGAGGUACUAACGUUUUGUAUUAAAGUUAUAGCUCAGUAGCUCAAUGGUUAGAGCAUCCGAACUAGAACUCGGAGGGUCGUGAGUUCGAUUAGCCAAGCAACCGCACGACUAACUAAGAGACCAUUGACUGGCACUGAAUAUCUUAGUUGGUGUCUCGUACCCAGAUGUCUCUCCCUGGUCUCUCUAUCCAUAAAAAUGUGUUCGCAAAGGAAAGUGGGAAGGAGAAAACGGGCAAUUUCUCCUUCCCAUGGUCCAUUGCGCUUCUUCACCAGUCUCUCACGUGUCACUCGUGUUUCCUGCUGACCUCUGUGCGAAAAAGGAGGAGGCUGUCUUAACAACAAUGGUUAGUUAACAUAGUGAUUUAUGUGCGCUUCAUGCAUUCUUCUUCGAAGGUCUAUUUGCGAUCCUACCUAAGAAUCCAACGGGACCAAUACCUUCAGCAGCAACUUGCCCUGGAGCAGAAAGCAUCCGAGAUCAUCCUUCACACCACGACUGUCACAAAUGCUUUGUCCCCAGACGAAUACUUUGAGCUGAUCUCUCGUCAUGCGAUCGAAGAUAUGUUCAUGAAAGAUUCUUUUGGUAAAUAAAACGUGUCACAUUUUUUCAAAUUUUUCCUACUUUGCACAAUAUUGAGCUGGUUAAAGGCAGACAUUGAAAAUUAAGAAAUCUUAGUUAAGAAAAUGUUUGCAAUUUCUCGUGAAAGGAGAGUACGUCUUAUUCUAACUGAACUAAAUCAUAGUUGUGUCUAUUCUCCAUAUAAUAUGUGGAUUAAUAGAACGAGGACCAAAAAAGUGAUAGGACUGUUUCAGGUGUUACCGAAAGGUCUCAGGGAAAUUGAAUUCUAGUAUCAUUCAAACGGCCAGCCACGCUAAAGGUAGCAUGCACCGGCAGUGGAAGUGCACAAGAGCUAAAAAGCUCUAAAACGUUUUAUCCCUCACAGCUGCUCAUUUAACUUCAAAUGAAAGAAGACCGGAUAAGAAAUCACUAUAAUUACUAUUGCCAGGACAUUUUAGCCAUAACUACAAUGAUAAAGUUGAAUAACCGGCUCUGUUCGAAAACUAUAAUUCAAGCUCUCCUGGUCCUCUUUUCCUUAAGUCUCAAACAAAUUUUGUUUAAAAUUUUUUAGGUGUUUAUUCGCAGGAAAAAGUCCAGAGAACGGUAGAUGCCAUGAAACAAAGACGAGAUAACCUGAUUUGGGUAAAUUGCCGUAAAUUGCGGUUAUAACUGUCACUAUGAUUAGGAAUCAGUGGCUCUGAUUUGACUCCAACUGUGACAAUGCUCAGUUUAAUUUCUGACGUGACUAUGACCGUGUCUGUAAGAAAGAACUGUUUCAGUGAUUACAGCAAUGAUAGUUACCUUAACAGUGACUACGCAAGUGGCCAAGACUGACUGACUGAUUGUGUUAGUGACUACACACAUAGCAAUGACUAUGACUGCUAUGUAUACAGUGAUUGUGACGAUGAAAGUGGUUUUGGCCGUUAAUGUGACUGCAGCUGUGACUGUAGCCAUGGCUGAGGCCAGGAGCCCAUAAGUAUUAAGUGAUAACAUUUACAAAUUUGAGGGCUGUUUCCUGAGAGGUAAGGUAAGUUCAAACGGUUUUAAAGUUUUCAACGGUUGCGUAGUUUAAUCUUAAAUUUGAUUGGUCCGUUUGCAAAAAAAAUUGAGUAUCUUUUGUUUUCAGAAAACGUUGUGAAAAACCUAAUUUUCCACAUGUAAAAACAUACACUAGUCGUUAUCUUUUAUGUAUUAACCUUUUAGCUUAUAAAGAAUCCUGAAGCGGAGACAAGGAUCACAUGCCUUUUCUUUUACCAUGGAGUCAAGAGAGAAAUACAGAAGUGGAAAGAAGUCGAAGAAACCCCUUCUUUGCCUGAGGAUGAAAAACAGAACAUUUUACUGAAAUGCAAGAUUUCAAUUAGCAAAUACGCAAAGGUUGCACUGCUGGCCAACUCAUUUAUGCAACGGAACAGCUCUAUGGAAAUUCGCAUAGUUGACUCGGAGAAGUAUGAUGUGGAAAAACAGAGGGAGGUGGAAAGGGAAACGUUUGCCCUCAUCCGUCUUAAAGGUAGGAAUAGAAACCAUGUAUUUUUGUAGUUAAGCUACACGUAUACGACAAACGGCAAACUUCAGAUUCAAGUUGAAAAUUUCCAAGACAGAAAAUGAGCAGAUAAAACAGCUCAAAACAAUUCUUAUGGAUAAAAGAGUGCGUGAAACUACUAAUUUAUGCGUAGAAAUAAUGAACAGUAAGCGACUGGUAAAGGGGAAACGUGGUCACGUGAUACAAAUUCGCGUUUGCCGUUUGACAUAAACGUGAAGCUUUAAAACCUCUCCAUUAGCUGCUGUUGUUGCUUCCAUUGAAAUAUAAUCAGUGAAAAAUCGUUCGAUUUCCUAACUACUCUAACCUGCAAUCAGGCGUUCUUAGUUUUCGGGGAAAGCUCGAAAAUGAGCGGACGGUUUACACAAUUACUGCCUUUUCUUAUACCUUAUUAAGAAGAUUAAACGCGUCCGCGUUUAUUAAAUUUUUAGCGUUAACGAUCUGAUUCAGGAGCGAUGUCUAUUUUAGUGACAUUUCUUUAAUCACUGACAACAAUUACGAUUAUCAUAAUCAUUUAUAUUCUUUUGAGUUAUGUAAAACAGAAGGAUGUUUAAAGUUCAAUGGUUUGUUUGUUUUUGUUUGCUGUGAUUCGUGAUUGCCUGGAUGGGGUAGGUUACCAGGUUGUACCGAGUUUUUCCCUCUCCAAAUAUACGCUGCAUUGUACUGAGAGGGUGCGCGUUUGGUAAUGUUUUCUUCCAUGACAUGAUGAGUAUAUGAAUUUCAUACCGUAUAUUGAGCUGCACGAGAUGAAAAAAUGCAGAUAAGAUUAUCACAGUUAAAUACUCAACUUAUGCAGUUGUGAAAAGAAAGCCUGAAAAAGUUCCGACUUUGCCGGCAUUCAAAGCUCCAUUUGGCUUUUUAGCUCAGCUGAUUAGAGCGCUUCACCAGUAUCGCAGAGGUCAGGGUUCGAGUCCCGGCAAGGCUGAAUUUUUUCCAGGCUUUCUUUUCGUAGUUGCACAGGUUGCGUAUUUAAUUGUGAUGAUCUCCUUGGUAUUUUUCCUCCAUCUGCAGCAUUUAAUCGAAAGCGGCGUUUAAUCGUUAGACACGGUAAUAUUCCCUAGGCCAGUUUUUUUUUUCAGCAUUGUUCGUACUUAUAAGAAUCAAGAAAGGUAGAACAUCGAGGUAGAAAUCUCUUCAAAACUGACACAAACAGUUGAAUAUUGAUUCUGUUUCACCCUACGUUUAUCGUCUAUCUAAAAGGGAUAACGUCUAGUUACUUUGGGAGGUUCUAUGUCACACUCAAGCCCCUUCUCCUAAAACAGACACUGGCUGAUGCUUGGUCAACUUUAUUCCAAACUGUUCCUUGUAUUUCCUAUGAAAUAAUUGCCCUUCCAACAGUUUGAUAUCUGGUGACCAGAAACAGGCAUUUUCGGCAAAACACUUCACCACUCUUAUUUCGUUAAUUUUUUCUGUGAAGGGACGGGUAAUAUAGAGGGAUAGAGUUUCUGCACAGGAUAAUCAGCCUGUGUUCUGAGGCCUCCUUGAAAAUAAUGACCGAGCGCGUAGCGCGGGUUGACCUAUUUUUGAAAAAGCAGAGGAGUAAGGGCAUUAUCCGAUUAAAUACACCCUUCCAUUGUUUUAGAACGAGCAAGUCAUUAUUGUGGCCUCCGAAGUGGAACAGUAGGUUAUUAUUCGUAAUAAUAACCUCCUGUUCCACCCCAGUGGCUUGCUCCUCACAUUUCGUGUAAAUAAUAACCUGUUCAACAGAAUGAAAGGCGCAUUAAAGCCAUAUCCUAUAUUUUACAGGUGGAACAGAUGAAGCAAUCUGCUACGCUGAUCAAGCAUCAUCUCCAGAUCAGAGAAAUUUUGCUUCUCAUCUCGUGAACAUCAACGGGGAGGAGGUUGCGAACAAGCGAAAAGUCUACGAGAAAAGUCGAUUGGUCGCCUGGAGUAACGAAGACUCUAUCCUGAAACUUGCCACUACCAUCAUGAAAGAAAACUCUGAGAUGAAGGACAGAUUCGGCAUUGACGCAAUUGAAGUAAGCCUUUUUUUUUGGUCGUUCGUGUAUCCCUGUUAUCGCUAGCCCUUUUAAGCCGCUUUAAAAUGCCUCGGCUAUCUGCGUUUUUGAGCGGCUCUACAAAUAGUUUUAGCAUAGCCAGACUUAAUCCACCAAACGUAGCAUUUUCAAGCUGCGCGUAUGUUCCUCUCACGCCACUAAUUGCAGGGCUGGAAGUGCAUACCCGGGAUCCGGGAUUCGACCAAAAUACAGUGCGGGGUUCGGAAAAAGUUAACGGGAUUACAUACGGGAAUUGACGGCUACCGGACAUGCGGGAUUCGGAAAAAGUUAACGGGAUAACAUACGGGAAUUGACGGCUACCGGAGAUGCGGGAUUCGCCAAAAUACAGUGUGGGAUUCGGAAAACGUUAACGGGAUACAGGAAUUGAAUGCUACUAGAGAAGAGGGAUUUGACCAAAAUACAGUGCGGGAUUCGGAAAACGGUAAUGGGAUUACAUACGGCAAUUGACGGGUACCGGAGAUGCGGGAUUCACCAAAAUACAGUGCGGGAUUCGAAAAACGUUAACGGGAUACGGGAAUUGAAUGCUACCGGGGAAGCAGGACUCACUAAAAUUUAGGCACUGAUGUGGGAUGGGAAAGAAAAUUAUAUUCGGGAGAGCGAUGAGAGAAGUUCGGGAUUCGGUAUUUUCGUGAUGCGUGUUCGGGAUACGGUAUUCUCGUGAAAAAGGAGCGGGAAUACGUGAUCAGGGCCUCCCAGUCCCUGUUAUUGUCUGUAAGUAGCAUCUUCUUUGCAUGCUAUCGUGAUUGACGAAGAUGGCUUAAUACAAGGAAAAAUAUACAUCACGGCUAUUUAUUUUGUAACCAUUGUCACAAAACCCAAUUAAAGUGUGCUCGAACGCAUCAGUUUUCUUGUCCUCUUAUUUACUAGACGGAAACGAUGAUUUACAAUGAGAAGAAGGAAAAGGUAAACCGUUCGAGAUAAAAAUGACAUUGAAUGGAGAAUUUACCAAAAAGUAAGAAAGGAAAUUAAAGCGCAAGGCUUGUUAGUUUCUUGGUCGGUGCUAUGUCAAGAAAUGCUAUCUAUCUUCAAUUUAAAAAAAAUCUCUCAACAGAGCGAAGACUUGGCUGACCUGGAACAGCUGACUCGAAUAAGCAACAAAUUUAGAAGCGAGCUUGAUGCAGGCUACUUUGAUCGUAUCGGCGAGGGAAACUUUGGUUACGUGUACAAAGCUCAAAAGGGCAAACGAGAUGUUGCUGUGAAGAUCUUAAAGAAUAAAGAAGACAAGGAUCUGAUCAAUAACUUCGAGAGAGAAGCUGAUAUGUUGCGGUAAGUUCAAGACUCUAUUUAAUAAAGAACGUUAUUAAAUAAAAGUGGCAACUGUUUCGUUAAUGUAGCGAUGUCACGACUAUUUCCAGGGGAGAAAACAAGUAAUAACUACUUUCCGUUUUGCUGAUUAGUCGAUUUAGCGCCGAACCUCGAAUAAGCGCCCACCCUAUUAGGUAGGAAAAGUUACCAGGUGCCCAGCCACGAAUAAGCGCCCACUGCUCCCCGCCACCCACCAAGAAAAAAAAUUGACCUUACUAACAAUGAGAUUGAAAUUGACAAAGUAAUAUAUAGCUAGAAACUUCCCACGAGACAAUAUUUUCUGGUACAUCUUCACGUUUUGUAAUUAUUCAUCGAUUGAUGUAAAAUAAAUUUACUACUUACUGAAAAUGGUGAAAAUUUAGCCUCUGGGUUAGUGCUGCAGUGCUCUACCAACUGAGCUGUGAAGAACCAUACACAGAGAGCAGGCAAACUUGUUAAUUUCAUCUUAGCCCGCAAAAGAAAUGAGACGCAGAGGUCCUGGGUUCAAAUAUCGUUGAGGCCCUUAAACGAUUUCCCGGGCUUAAUUUGUAACCACAUUGCAAUUACAACUUCGAUGAUCAUGUCUUCAUUUAAUUCUGUAUUCCUGGAGUUCACAUAAUCUUCAUUCUGUAAUUCUGAUCACUCUUAAUUCAAAGCUCAUUGUUUUCUAUUGGCAUCUGUUCCAUACGGCCUUAGAGGCAGGCCGCUGAUCAAAGUAUAUAUUAUUUUUGUUCUCUGACCAGAAAAGCGAAUCACCCAAAUAUUGUACAGGUCAUCUCUAUACACAUCUCCAAGAAAAGUGAGUUGUCCAUCGUGAUGGAGUUUAUGGCUGGAGGAAAUCUCAAAGACUUGUUGAGAGAAAACAAGCAAGGAAUGGGAAAAGACUUCACAGUUACAUUCAUUGAAGAUAUCGGCUCAGCUAUCGAGCAUCUUCACUCGCUUGGUGUUAUGCACAGGGACGUUAAACCGGAAAACAUCUUUGUGAGUACUAGUUUCAAUUUUGGUGCAGUCAUUUUGUCUUUACUACUAACGUUUACUGGUGUGAGUUCCUACAGUAAACCAGAAAUUUCUGUUUAGCCUACUUUGGGCUGUGUGUUGAAGUGUGCUCUGUGUGCAUAGCACCCCCCAAAACGCGACAAUUGGAGUCUUGCUCUCCUGGAGACACGUGAUAUAGCGUGAUCCGGUGGGUGUUGGAGUUCUUCAUUGUUGAGGCUUAAAACGGAGUGAGCGGGUAUUGUCUCAGCAGAGCUUCUCUGUUUGUUAAGCUGCCCUGACUAGCCACAAUUAUGGAGAAACAGCUGGCUACAACCCCGUUCUGUUUUGGGUUACAAUGGUGUCCUGCUGAUGUCUUGCAAAGUUACUUUUCAUACAGUAGUACGAUCAGCUUUGCAGAAUUCAAUGUGUGUAGUUUGGUAUAUUUUGCUGGUCAGGUCUUCUUUAGACCCUACGCUCUGGGGCAAAUUCGUUUGCGGUCCUUUGCAGUUAAUAGUGGGCUUACGCAAUAGGACGGGAGAGGAAAGAAGACAGCAAACCUUGAGUGACAAGCGUGACAAUAAUUUUGUUUGAAAUAAUUUUUCGUCAAACUUCAUUUUCAAACUUUUUAAACAGAUCUUUUUGUAAAAGACCAGAAAACAUUGAUGUUAGUUAAGUUCACAAGAAAACACACAAGUAAUUGCCUUUCACGUUCGUCACGCACAAGGGAUUUGCCGCCCUCUUCUUCCUGCCGGCCUGUUGCGUAAACUCACUAAUGUCCAAAACUGUGGCCUGUGGUUGCUGUUGCUGCUCGUUUCUGUUGCGUUUUUCUGUGAGUAGGUGGAAUAUGAUUGUCCAGGUGAGAUAGUUCCGGGUGAGCCCAGUCCUAGUCAGUGAGGUAGGAAGAGUCCACAGAAAUCAUCUUUAACGAAAACUUGAAGAAAGGGCGAAAACAUUUAAACAUAUCAUUGUGUUUAAUUUCCUCCAAAAUUUCUCACCAGUUGUCGAAAGAUCAUAAAGUCCUAAAGCUUGGGGACUUUGGCCUAGCCCGUGCUACCAUAGGGUCAAAAAGCAGAAAAACUGAAACUGGAUCGUACCGCUACAUGGCUCCGGAGGUAAUGAUUUCUGAGGGCAAGUAUUCCGAAAAAUCUGAUGUUUACAGCUUUGGUAAGUAUGGGUAACUUUGGUAACAAUGCAAGGUCUUAUUUCGUUCCCUCCGAGGUUUUUUUGAUUGGCAUUUUCAAGGCCCUUGGAAUGGGUCAGCGCCAACCUGCAUGCAGGGAAAAAAUGGAGCGUAACUGUUGGAUUCCCUCUUCUCUCGCCCUAAUUUGUUUUGCAAACUUUGAAGGUCUGAAAUUUAUAUUUGAGGUGCAGUGGGAUCUUUGCAUAUUAAACAGUCACGUGGGACAAAACCACCUUGCUGGCGAGCAUGAGACACAGACACACAGUGGACAAAGACAAGCAAACGCAACAACAAUUCGAUGACAUCUUAUAACAAGCUAAUCUUCCUUCUUGCAAGAUCCCACUGCAUCUUUUGCUCUCGAUAGAAAUUUUUUUUGUCACCUCGGGGCUGUUUUGCUGCAAAGAGCCCAUUCUAGCGUUUUAAAUGUCUCUUGUGUUACGACAAUUUUUCCUGCUCGACUUUCUUAACGUUGCAUGACUUUUUCCUUAAGUGUAAGGUUGCCAGGUGGUUUUUGCGUUACGUUUCCUCUUUGAAAACGCUGAUCCCAUGUUGAGCCAAUAAUUCUGUGGUCAUCAAGAAAGAGAGAAUCAUGCCAACAGGUUUACUUGAAAUUCAUAUGGCAAAAGCUUUGCAAUUGCCAGCUAGGCCACUUCCACUCUUUAAAGAAAUGUCACGUCCUUACGUAACCAAAGCAGUCAUUCCUGAGUAGUAUAGUAGGGAUAAAAUUAAUCUUCUUUAAUAUCCUGCUUCGAAAGAUGCACGUUUUGGUUUUAGGUUGUACUUGGUUUAACCGGACUGAUAGUUUUGAGCUAUUUCAGGAUUUUUAAUGCCUGCCUAAAACUAGAGAGCCGUUUAUUGGUUGAUUGAUUCGAGAAGGAAUAAGCGCCAACUCGCAUGCCAGUUUCACACACUGUAUGCAAGUUUAUACGGGACACCAUGUGUAUGAAACGUUGGUAACUAUCAACGCGAGAAAUUCUCGCCCGGACGAAACAUAGAAUGAAGAUAACAAGAUAAUUUAUUCUAUGUUUCAUUCCUUUCACAGCUUAAGAUGAACUCAACAAAUUGGCCUGAUCCCAUGUAUAGGACUUCAUAGCUCAGUUGGUAGAGCACUGCAGCGCUAACGCAGAGGUCAUGGGAUCGAAUCCCAUUCAAUGCCCGAAAAUGUUUUUCGGGUUAAUUUGCAAUUGCUAAAAUUGCAAUUACCACUGCGACGAUCAUAUCUUCAUUUAAGUUUGUAUUUCCGCAGUUUACAUUAUCUUCACUCUACAUACGUUAUGAAACAAAAUGAUCAACAAAACAACAACAAAAUGAUCAAAUCUACAAAAAGGUUAACGUCAUACCUACUAGACUACUUUGCGAGCAACAUUUACACUCGCAAUUAUGCUGACUUUUCACAGGCCCUUUUUUAAUUCUCCAUCGAUUCUGUUUCUUUCGCAGAGACUAAAUAGUGAGGUUCUCUUUUCGUUUUAGGGUUAUGUCUGGUCGAGGUUGUGAGUGGCAAAACUGUCUUUGAUGACAUCGAGAAUGACUUUAGGGUACUCCGUACAAAAGUCUCCGGCGGGAAACCUAAUAUUCCGGUAAGGUUGACUAUAUUUGAGCCCUGAUCCUUGCAGGUUAAUCCUAUAAUUUUUCAUCACAAAAUCGAUACUCCUCGUGAUCUUAUACGGAGUUUAUUUUAGGAAAUUUCCGAGACACAAUUUGGAGAGGAGGCAGCGAAGAUAAGGAAAAUAAUAGAUGAGUGUCUGAAGACUGAAGCCUUCCGUCCGGACAUGCACAUUGUGCUGACAAUUCUUAAGAAGCCGUUAAACGAGAUGGAUGUAAGCGGUCAAAAAGGUAGGUACGUCGCGAGUGGGACCAGCCAGAGGUUUCUUUAAACCUGUUGGAACACUCCUACGUAGUGAUGCAUAGCAACAGACGUUGUAAUGGGUUACUGGUCCGAUACAAUCUUGUGAUAAGGUAGAGAGUACAUUAGACCAUGGCAAUAAAGGGGAACAGUACUUCAUUUCGCUGGCAGAGCUUACGAUGUAACCGGCUUAAUGGCUUCCCGCAAAACGGCAAAUGGUAAAUAGUAAGCAGUGACUAGACUUGAACCCGGUUGUUCAAACAUUGGACACAGCUAUCCACGGAAUAAAUCGCUAUGCAGCGGAUACGUAUUAGCGGGCAACCAAUUGCGUUCUUAUCAACUGGAUAAAGAUUUAUCUAGUGAAUGGCGUUACUGAUCUACCUUUCGAACAACUGGACCCUGUUAGCUCCCAGUGUACUUUAUUGGUCGUCCUGGGGUACAUUUUGAACCCUGCAUGGGGAUCUUGUAGCAAAGUUAGAUUCGUUGAUUUCGUUCUCGUAGAGACACUUUAAAGAAUGUGUCAGAUUUAAUUUCUUUGAAUUAGGCUAUCGGUAGGAGUUGCUUCUGGGCUAGUAACCUUGACGAUGCCUUCCUUCAACAACAGAAACAAAAUCUGCUUUCCACCAAAACCUAUUUAAAAUUUCUUUUAAAUACGUAGAAAAAGUGAAACCUGAACGUUGCUUGGGAAAAUAUUUUACAUUUUCAGGACGGACACGCAAGCAAACACACACAUACCCGUACUAAUAGGAAUAAAAGGAAAUAGCUAAAAGCCAGGUAGCAAAUAAUUGUUAUAUCGCAAAAGGGCAUUAUGACCGAAAUGGAGCGAUCUGCGGAAAACUAACAGUCCUUAAUUAUAAUGUAAAGGUGUUUCGCUUUCUUUACACAAGACGAUUUAGUGAAUUCGUCAUUGGAAUUCUAUGUCUUGUAUGAGUUUUAUGGGCCUUGAAAUCUAAUAUGGAAUAUUCCACAAUCUGAGACAUUAACGACUGAGCAUGUUUCACCGCAAGCUUUGUGUAACAAUUGUGGAUCCGUUUUAUUUUCGGUAAGAAGGAAGUAAAUAAAGAUAACGCUGAUAUUCAUAAAAGACAUCAAAAACGCCCCGUCUUUUAGUAUAUUCAAGCGUGUGAUCAAACCAUUUUUAAGGGUCAGACAGAAUGCAACCUAAAUACCUUAACACCUUAUAUCUAUAUUUUCCUCUAAACACACUUAUAUACUUAAAUAAACUACUUUUUUCUUUAUUUCUUAAAAUGCCGCCCAGUAGCCUGUUCCAAGCGUUCAGAUAGUGGAGAGCGGUGCGAAGUAAAGAUAGCGAUGAAAAGUAGAGGGGGACUGGGGAGAGAGGUGACCUCUGACCUCCCCCCCUCCCUCGCUUUUAUUUUUUCGCGCUUCUUUUUUCUUCGCACCGCUCCCCACUAUCUGAACGCCUGGAACAGGCUAGCCGCCUAGUAUUUAAAUUGCCCGUGGGGGAAAAUCUCUAUUCCUCAAAAGCUCGGCUUCUCGGAGAUUUCCCCGCCACAGUCACUCCUCCCAAGUAAUGUACAAAUUUUAAAUUUAAUGUUAAUUAACCUAUUUAUUAUCGUUUUUAUUCUGCUUGUAAUUCAUUGUGUGUGGCAAAAUAAUAAAAUAAAAUAAAAUAAAAUAAAAAGAAUUUUGCUAUAUGUAAAGUGACAAGAAGAAAAAAAACAUAGUUUGAGAGAUUUCAACAAGGCAUAGAAGUGCUCAUGGGAUCUACAGAAGUAACUACUCGCAUUCAAAUGUCACACCCCUAUGUAUUUCAUGUCAUUAGAUGCCAAGUCUUCCCUAUCUCCCGAAGGCCAAUAAUAAUAAUCAAGCAUCUUAAUUUUUUGUCAUGAAGAUGAGAGAUGAUUCAGUUUUGCCGUUAAAGUCUUUUCCUUAUUCGUUCAUUACAGAGCCUCAACAAGUUGAUCCAGGGUCUUGGCGCACGGUUGAUGACGACCGAGUGGAGCUGCGCGCUUCAGAAGCGGUUGAUUCACCUUACCCAGUUCUAGUGCAAGCCUUUAAAGAUGAACCAGACCAGCCAACCACGGAUGACACACAAACUGAAGAGCAACCUUCUGGUCUUAGUAGCUCAACUUAUCCUCGUCUUGACCAAGUUUUUAAAGACGAUAUUGGGAAUGUCAGUGCUUCCAAAUCUACAGAAAAACUUACAAAAAGCAGCAAUCCGCCUUACCCUACAGUUGUACAGUCUUUCGGAGAUGGACAGAACUCUCCAUCUAAGGACGACAGGCGAUCUGACGAAAAACCCAGCAAUGAUCCUUAUCCUCCUGUUUCACAAUCAUUUCAAUAA